CCCGAGACGGCACGCAUACUAUAAACAACGUCGUGUGGACCGCUGCCUUGGUAAUCGGCAGGUACACACACGUCGCCGCAGUCGUCACUCGUCGCCGGUCCGUCCGCUAGCGCACAAUCCAUUUUUUCCUACUAUCAUAUUGUUAUUAAAAGUACAAGAUUAUCACGCAAUGAAGUACCUGAAAUUGAGUUCCGGUGGCAGCAUGCCGAUGGUCGGCUACGGUACAUGGCAGGCUUUGGACAACGUUUUGGACAGCUUGAAUGAAGCCCUGAAGUGUGGAUACAGACACAUUGACACGGCCACUGCUUACCAGAACGAACACGUCAUAGGAAAAGUUUUGAACGAAUGGAUAACAUCUGGCAAAGUGACCAGAGACGAGUUGUUUAUCGUCACCAAGCUCCCCCCUUACAAAAAUCGACCUGAGGACCUAGAGGAGUGUUUGAAAAAAUCGCUAAAAGACUUGCAGCUGGACUACGUUGACAUGUACUUGGUGCACACUCCGUUCAGCGUGAUCCCGGGAGAAACGGCCGACCUUGGCAACAUGAAAAUUGAUGUCAGUACUGAUCACUUGGCUAUUUGGGAGAUGAUGGAGAAACAGGUGACUGAUGGCCGAGCAAAGGCGAUUGGAUUGUCGAACUUUAACAUUCGACAGAUACAGAGGGUGCUAGACAACUGCAAGAUCAAACCCGAUAACUUGCAAAUAGAAAAUCACCUUUACCUCCAACAACCUGAACUCAUAGAAUUUUGCAAAAGCAACGAUAUCGUUGUGACCGCGUAUUCGUGUUUGGGUGCGAAAGGCGGCCGAGAACUCAUGGGAAUGAAUUGGACCAAGGACUUGCCUGAAAUGAUGGAAAACGAAGUGGUGUUGAACAUUGCGGAGAAACACGGCAAGACACCGUCCCAAGUUUUGUUGCGGUUUAUUGUCCAGAAGGGCAUCGUGGUCAUACCAAAAAGUACAAAUCCACAGCGGUUGGCGUUAAAUAUAGAGAUUUUUGAUUUUGAAUUAGACGAGCAAGACAUGGAGGCCAUGAUCGGUCAGGAUGCGGGAGAAGGAGGUCGCAUUAUACGGCUUUUAUUCUUCACUGGAAUCACAGAUCAUCCAGAAUAUCCUUUCGAAAAGAGUGUUUGAGCUUGAAUUUAAUUCUGCGACAAAUAUGACAGCCAAUUAUUAUACGCGAAUGAACCAAAUUCAAACUAUAUAAAAUGGCAUUUGAUUAUAUACGAUUAUUUAAAUAUUUAUUGUAAGCCUAUGCCUUAAAUUGCUAAGGUUCACGUCAAUUCGUUCAUAUUUGUAACUAACACUGCAAAGAUUCCGUCAUCUAGACGUAUUAUAAAAUAUCAGAUUGUAUAAGACACAUUCAUAUGCAUCUGCGUAUUUAUCUAAAAAAUAUACAUGCACAAUAAAAAUAAAAUUGUUCUAUUAUUCAAA